CGCUCACCACCCCAACACCAAUUGGCUAUGGUCAAGAGCUGAUCCAUUUCCCCUCAGCCCUUGUGUUUUGAUACACAUCACAGUUUCCUUCGUUUGUUUGCCUGGAUCUCGCAGGUCCUUCAGCUCAGCAUCCACAAUGUCCCUUUUCCGCAAUUGCGGCCGGACUGCCACUGUGCAGCUCCGUGGUUUCUCUUCGUCCGCCAGCCGCAAAGUUGGACCCGAAUCUCCCAAUUUCAUCGAAGUUCCUCGGUCUAUCCAGCCGGAUCUUCCCUCAAAGCCUCGUAUCAAGGGUACUCUCCCCGUUCCCCGCGAGAUAUUCCCCCGACGCCGAGCGGACAAGCCCUCCGAGCAGUACAUUGCAGCAGCGACACCUCUUCCCUCCGCUCAGCCCGAGAUUGACCCCACGGACCCGCACGCCCAGUAUAAGGAUUGGAAGAGGAAAAUGGCGGAUAUGAGAAGGCAGAAUCUCCGGGAGGGUUUGCUGGAAUUGCACACCCGGAAGCAACGGAUUGAUAAGUCUAUGGCACAGCGCAGUAUUGAGAAGCAAAAGCGACGAGAGCGCGUUCUUCGACAAUCCGAACGAGAGGAUGAGCGACUCACCCGUCCUUCCGUUGUACAAGAGAUGCUACCGAAGUGUACUCCUGUGCUACCGGACCCUAACCGAGAAGAGCGACUCGCUAAUGGCCGAGUAAAGCUCGAGAACAACAAGAUUCAAAAGGAGGCUACGCGUCAAGACUCUCUGCACACACUCUAUAUGAAUGCUCGCAGUUUUAUCACAACGGAAGCUCAGCUUGCCGCUGAGAUUGAGAGGGUCUUCCCUGAAGGAGAGAACGAGGCCUGGCGAAGCGAUCAUCAAUACGGCGACAACAUCUGGAACCUAGGAUUGCCACAGACUGUCCAGUCCAUAGUGAAUGAGGGCAGGAAGAGUGAGGCCGCUCGCUGGGAAGUUAUCCAGGGCAGAGUCAAGAAGUUGGGAGAGGAGAUCACUGGAGGAAAGCUCUAGAGGGGAUAUUGAAAUACUUGUAUAUUAGCUGUUCUCUACACUGUAAUCUCAAACAGAUAUUUGGAUUUUACUAUUUAUUCCGUUGU